AUGGCAAUGAGUGCCCUCGGCAAGAAAGAAUGGUGGACUGUGCCUGAACACUUUAACGACCCAUUGGUGUUCCUCCUGGAUGAGGGUCUGGAGGAGCAUAUAAGUGGCCAAGGGGACACAGACCUACACCGCAUCGAGGUACACAGCCACACCUUCAUUCAGCUGGAGAGAUGGUUCACAGCCUCAGGCCAGACACGAGUCACAAUUGUGGGACCACUUAGGGCAAGGCAAUGGUUAAUGGAGAUGAUCUGGAGUGUGGUGAGCCAGGACUCUUACCGAAACGCCCGAGGCCAUGUGAUGCUUCAGCUGGUCCAGAGAAAGCCCUUGACCCAGCGUGACUUGAAUGCCUCUUUUAGGAUUCAGCCAGAUACCUGGAAUAUGGCUUUUGCCAGAUUUUUUGGGACCAUCUCUCUGGCAGUUCUUCAAGAGAAGAGCUUCCAGUCUCAUUCUUGUUUUAGAAGUGAUGAAGGAGAUGUGAUGAGCCAGUGGCCAUUGGUAGCCAUCUCUGGACAAUAA